CCUAAAAACUGUCAGAGAAACAUAAGCAUGUUGACCUUUGACCCCGAUGGAGACGAUGUUAGAUGUAGAUUUGCCUCCAGCGCCUUGUCAGAGUGUACGGAUUGCACGACUCCGUCUGUCCUCAGCAUCUCAUCUUCCUCUUGUACUUUAUUGUUCAGCUCAUCUGCAAGCAGCAGCCAAGGUUCAUAUGUGGUCCAGAUGGUGAUGGAGGACUUUCCCCUGCAGACCAUCACUCUGACCCAAACUGGUGGUUCUCAGGUGCAGAAAACAACCAGUGAUGCCAUCAGCAAAAUACCCAUCCAGUUCAUUUUAAAAGUGGACGCUGCAGCACCGUCCUGCACAGAAGGUCAAUAUCUGCCCAGGUUCCUGAGUCCAACUCCAAACAACAGAGCUCAGCUCUACACAUCAGUCAAUCAGACGCUGGUGAUCACCAUCAGAGCAGAGGCAGCUCAAGCCACAUUAACUGAGCUCCUGUACAGCGGGCCGUACAACGUAAAUAAGAGUUCAUUGGGAUCAGGAAGCUUCUCUCUGAUGUGGACACCAUCUGCGGCUGAAGGUGGAGAAAGUCACCCCAUCUGUUUUGUUAUCCAGGCAACUUAUACCUACUACAACCAAAUCCCCAACUGCAACUACCCAAUCCCCAACUACCAAAUCCCCAACUACAACAAUCAAAUUCCAAACUACAACAACCCAAUCCCCAACUACAAAAACCCAAUCCCCAAUGACAACAACCCAAUCCCCAAAGACCACAACCCAAUCCCCAAAGGCCACAACCCAAUCACCAACGACUACAAGCCGUUCCCCAACUACAACCCAACCCCAAACUACUACAACCCAACCCCCAACUACUACAACCCAACCCCCAACUACAACAACCCAACUACUACAACCCAACCCCCAACUACAACAACCCAACCCCCAACUACUACAACCCAACCCCCAACUACUACAACCUAA